AUGGCGAUCCAAAAGCUUCUUUCACUUCUCUUUCCUCUACUAAUUCUCUUCUUUCUUUUCUUAAGCUCAACUAAUUCUCAAUUGUUAAACUUAAAUAUUGGGUUAGGCUUAGACCUAACUAAUUCCAAAGGAUUACAACUAGGCUUCUAUAAGCAGACAUGCCCUAAUGCAGAGCUUAUUGUCCACAAUGUCGUUCAAAAGUUUAUUUCCAGUGAUCCAACUCUUGCUGCUCCUUUACUAAGGAUGCAUUUUCAUGAUUGUUUCGUUAGGGGAUGUGAUGGCUCUGUGCUAUUAAAUUCUACGAGUACAAACCAAGCUGAGAAAGAUGCGAUCCCAAACCAAACUUUAAGAGGUUUUAAUGUAAUUGAUGCUAUAAAAUCUGAAAUAGAAAAUCUGAUAGAAAACAACUGUACUGGUGUUGUUUCUUGUGCUGAUAUUUUGGCUUUGGCAGCUCGAGAUUCUGUUCAAAUGAUUGGAGGACCAUCUUGGGAUGUUCCUACCGGACGUAGAGAUGGAAGUGUGUCUAAUGCUUCGGAGGCUUCAGCACAGUUACCAUCUCCUUUUGCCAAUAUAACUCAACUGAAGAAAAAUUUUGCUGCAAAAGGGCUAAGUGUAGAGGACCUAGUGGUUUUAUCAGGAGCGCACACUAUUGGAAUUGGACAAUGCUUUGUAAUCUCAGAUCGAUUGUACAAUUUUAGUGGUAGAGGCGACACUGACCCUUCGUUGAACGCAACAUAUGCAGCUGAGUUAAAGACGAAAUGUAAGCCUGGAGACAGCACCACAGUUGUUGAAAUGGAUCCUGGAAGCUCCAGAACAUUCGACAGUGAUUAUUACAACGUAGUAAAUACAAGAAGAGGGAUCUUCCAAUCUGAUGCGGCUCUUCUGAAUGAUAUUCAAACGAGAACUUAUGUUUUGCGUCAAUCUUCCCCACUUUAUGUUUUUGCGUCAAUCCUUCCCCAAAUGGAACCAGCUUUUAAAACAAGAUUUUGGUAG